AUGGCGACUUCGAACAAUCCGCGGAAAUUCAGCGAGAAAAUCGCUUUGCAUAACCAGAAGCAGGCGGAGGAGACAGCGGCGUUUGAAGAAGUGAUGAAAGACCUCAGCAUUACCCGAGCAGCCAGGUUACAGUUGCAGAAAACUCAGUACUUGCAGCUGGGACCCAACCGUGGGCAGUACUAUGGAGGAUCUUUGCCAAAUGUCAAUCAGAUUGGAAACAGCGCUUUGGAUAUGCCUUUUCAGAAUUCAGGUUUGGACACAAACAGAUCGACGCGACACCACGGGCUGGUGGACAGAGUUUACCGGGACCGGAACCGCAUCACAUCACCCCACCAAAAACCCCUGUCAGUUGACAAACAUGGACGCCAGAUUGACAGCUGUCCAUAUGGUGCAGUAUAUCUGUCACCACCACCUGAUACCAGCUGGAGGAGGACAAACUCUGACUCAGCACUGCACCAGAGCACAUUAAUUCCUGCCCAGCAGGCAUCUUUCAUGGGAGGAUCACAGGAGCUUCAGCCAAAAAGAGUUCUCCUGCUCACUGUACCAGGGGCUGAAGCAAUUAAACAAGAGGUUGAUGAAGAUGGACAAAACCAGAGCUGGGAGUGCAAAAAGAACAUUUCAAGGUCCAAGCAAUGCAAAGUUCCAGGGAUCAACAUAUUCCCGUCUCCGGAUCAGCAGUUGACCGCUUCACAAAAACAGGCAGCCCACAACACCGGCGGUUCUCUUCCUGACCUGACCAACAUCCAGUUUCCUCCUCCGCUGCCCACCCCGCUCGACUCAGACGAUGCAGUGGCCGCCUCGUUCAGCUCCUCCAACAGCACACAGAACCUUGCAAACACUCAAGGAGUGAACACCUCUCAGCCCACAGUAACCAUGGAAAUGCAGCCUGGGCAGGACGACAUGGUUCCUCUCAUCCUGAAUGCAGGAGACUCCCACCAGCACCAGAACCUGCAGCUCUCCCCGACAUCUCCACCUCUCACUCUCUCUCAGGCGGCCAUCAACGCCAUGAACCUUGAGCAGCAGCUGUCCCAGUACGCCUUCUUCAACCAGCAGCCGUCGGCCCAGACCCACCAGAGCCAGCAACCGACAGGUCUGGUCCAGCUGGCCUCCUCCGUGAACUCCUGCUCCACGUCAGACAACCAGACGUCCUCACAAACCAACAUGACCAUCGACAUGAACACGGCCUCCUCCCUCCAACAGUACCGCAGUAGGGUCGGAUCCUCUGCCAAUCAGUCUCCGACCUCCCCUGUCUCCAAUCAAGGCUUCUCACCUGGAGGCUCGCCUCAACAUAACUCCAUACUGGGCAGCGUGUUUGCAGACUUCUACGACCAGCAGCUCCCGUCCAUUCAGGCCAGUGCGCUCUCACAACAGUUGGAGCAGUUCAACAUGAUUGAAACCCCCAUCAGCUCUGACAGCCUGUAUAACCAGACCUCCACCCUCAACUACUCCCAGGCGCUCAUGAUGGGCUUGACUGGCCAUUGCAACCUUCAGGACUCGCAGCAGCUGGCCUACAGUAGCCAUGGCAACAUCCCCAACAUCAUUCUCACAGUGAGCGGAGAGUCUCCCCCCAGCCUGCCGAAGGACCUGACUGGCUCUCUGUCCACAGAUGUCAGCUUUGAUGUCGACUCCCAGUUCCCGCUGGACGAUCUGAAAAUCGACCCGCUGACGCUUGACGGCCUGCACAUGCUCAAUGACCCGGACAUGGUCCUUGCUGACCCCGCCACAGAGGACGCGUUUCGCCUGGACCGGCUCUAACCACCGCACCACAUGCUCCUGCACAGGUGUGUGAAUGCUGCUGCCCUGGGGGGGGAGCGGGGGUGUUUGCAUCUGAGAGGAUAAAAACCAAGACGAGCAGAGAGUUCACUGUUGGAGACCUCGUCUGGGCAGAGCAUCGAUUCCACACCAACUAAUCAAACCCCACGAGAGAGCUUUUAAAAUAUCAUGCAGUGAAAUGUUUUUGAAGACUGGAAAAGGAUGGUUUACGACUCAUGACACUCAAGUUAUGGUAUGAAUGAUGUUCAUGGUUUUGUUAAUUCUGAUUUAUUUAGAUGCUUAGUUUAUCAUUCGAGGGAUGAAAAUGUCCCGAGGGCAGAAGGAGGCUGGUCUCUUAUUCUCCAUCAAUGACUGACUAAAUCAUGUCUGCAACGCAAACCCUUAACAAUCGACAGAAUAGCUAUCACGCCCCUGUUAACACAGAGUAGCUUGGUGACUCAGAGGAAGCACCUGACAAGUUAAACCUCCCUCCGUGCCAAGCUGGUUGCUCUCAGUAGUACAUUCAGUUUGGAUAGUAAUUUAGUGCAAACCCCUGUGCAGUUUGUCGUAGAAGCCAAAGUCAGGCCUGGUUUGAUCUUUUUUUUCCCACUGAAGUCUUGAGUGACGAUGAGUCAUCAUUUUGCCACCUAAGUUAUUUUCAGGAGAUACUGAAUUUUGAUUUAACCAUAGUAAAUAGCAGUCAUCAGUUAUGCAUGAAAUCACAAAUCACUGUGCAUACUUGUUUUGCCUUAAUAGCUUGACAUUUUGGUUUUCAUGCAAAGAUGACUAUUAUGUAAAUGAGAAAAACUAUUUAAUUGUCAAGUCAUUUGUACUGUUUCACAGGUGGUUUGGCCUACAUAAUUCACAGUUGCAUUAGUGUUGUGUUUCUGAAGGUGUGCUGAUCUUUAUCCAUUACUUCAUCCGCUAUCACUACCAUACCACUUCUCAUUUAUCAGUCCAAUCCAAAUGGAUAAAUGAGUCCUCUGUUAUGAAAUAGAUGUUUACAUGCUUUGUUUUUCGUUUUAUAUUUUACAUGUACAGAAUGUGAUUAGAUUUUGCGUAAUGGUAUCUAUGCAAAACUACAGCGAUUGGUUUAGGACUGUAAACUGAAACAGAUAAAAUGAACCCUUUUAAAAGGAAGCCAAUGUGCAAGCUUCUUAUAGAAUGCACAGCGAUGGUGCCAUGUUAUAUUUUUUUGGAUACUUUAGAAACUUUACAUUUUUCUUUCAGACUAGUACGGUUUUUAGAGAAAAAAAAUGCUCAGUACGUGUGUCAUACAGUAGAAACUCUCCUGGAUUACUCCCAAAGAUGUGACCUCAGUGUAGUUGAAAUAUAUAUAUUUUUCCAGACAAUUGAACUGCCUCUGUACUAGAACAGCAUUGCUGAUGCAAUGAGAAUGUAUUUAGGUCACAUCUGAACAGUUGUGUUGUUGCCAUCUUGUCAUCCUCAUUGCCUCUCUUAUCGAGCCUUUAUGUACUGUAGGACCAAAUAUUUUCACCUGUUGAUUCUUUCUUCCCGUGAAGGAGAUGUGGCAUACUGUUUUAAGAUUUAUAUGUUACUUUUUUUUGUUUUCUCGGCACAACAGUGGCACUGAAUAUCCGUUCCCUCGUCAUGCUCGUAAUGUCUGUGCCCUUUAUUGAUUUGCUCCAUGUCUCUCCGGGCUUCGAUUCUGCUUUUAUAAGGCUUCAUGCACAAACUUCUGUGUUUCCCAGUGACAUAACUGUUUCCCGUCUCUCAUAUUGCACUUUAUGCAUUUAUUUAAAACACUGACUUAUGAGCGUUAAUAUACCAAACCCUCCCCCUGUGACUGUUAUGUGCACUGGACCUGUUCGCCCUGUCUUUGAUUCAACUUGCCUUCUUCUUAAAAAGAAAAUAGAAAAGAAAUAUGGAAAAAAAAAAGCUAAAGUAAAUUAGAGUUAUUUUUGAAAAGUCAUAUACAGAUUGUCUAUUUAAUAGAGUUGUUUUUACUUAAUCAGUGAUCAUUUUGUUAGCUGUCUUUUUGGACACUAUUUGUAUUUUGGCACUGUGGUGAUCAUGUCCCUGCGCUGCAGCUCUUUCUGCUAUUGAUUGCAGGUUUUUGGGAAAAUAGAAGGAAAUAAACCAGAAAUAUUUGUAUAAAUAAUCACUGAUUAUCAGAUUAAAAGUUUAUUAUUAAAAUAUUUAAGGAUACAGGUACAUUAGAGUGCAAUUUCUCAGAUGAGUGCAUUUGAAAUUUGCACAUUAUCACAUUAUAUUGUGCCAGAUGGGAUCCACCAGUCCCUGAGAAGUAUUUUAUGGAAUUUAUAUUGGAAUUCAGUCCAGGUAUAAUUAAUAUGAAAAAUGGUCAUAAAAUGAAUAUAAUUGCAUUUCUAGGACACUAUAUAGACAUUUCUCAUAAAUAUUCCACUCUAUAAAAAAGGAUAUUCUGCAGCUGCAACGUUACUUCUGUUCAUGUUUGUUAAGGUCCUCCUGUGCGGCGUUUUCCAUUGUUCUCACAUCAUGUAAAUCAAAUAUGUUCCGUCAGGUACGUGGAUCGAAUCAGUUACAAUUUAGUUGUUGAGCUUGAAUUUUUUUUUUCCUUUUUUUAAAUACUCUAAUGUUUUGGAUGCAUCAUGUUUUUGAAAUUUGAUGCAAGUCCUCCCCCCCCCCCUUCUUUAAUAUUGAUGUGACUGCAUGAAUAUUUGGACGUUUUCCCCUUUACAGCUUGGGUUUUAUUUCCUUUUAAGGGUGGAGUCAACUUUGUCAAAGUGUUUUUGUUUUUCUUGUUUGGUAAUAUUGUCCUUUGUCUCUUUUCAAUUCAGCGUCAUGUGUAGGCUAAUGUAUCUGCUAAGUAAAGCCUAAAAGCAUCAGAAAUAUGGUAAUCAGCCUUUUAUGCACAUGUAGAAGCUGUUGUUUGGUACUUUGUUUUACACUGCAAUAUACGGUAUGUGCUUCUUUUCUGUGCAACUCCCACAGAGUUUUAUUACGUCAUGGUAAACCUAGACUAGCUUUGUAUAUUGCUGUAUGGUAGGAACAAUGUUUUUCGUGCUUUAUGUGAUAUGAUGUCAAAGUGAGAAAAUGCACUGAGAAAUACUGUGCUGCAAUAUGUCAUUGUGGCUCGAUACUCUCUGCUGGACCUCAGACUUUAUAGUGAGCCUGACAUCUUUGUAUAGGUCCAUUUUCUUUUUUUGGUAUUUCUUUUUUUUGUGCUCAUGUAGAUAGCUCUGACUGAUGUGUCGCCUGUUACUGCCACCUUUUUAUGCAUCAACGUUCAGGUAUGCACUGGUACUACACCGGUGUUUACAGAAACAAGAGUUUACAACAGAGCAAUGUGUGUUUUUCUCGCCAUAAAAAAACAUUUGUUAAAUACUGUAUCUGGAAUAACGGACUACAUAUGAACCACUCGUAGUGUAGAAUGACAAAAUUGUUUUGCUAUAGAGAUUUAACAGUGAAUCAGUAAUGUAACUUCAACAUUAUGACCUUAAUAAUCUAUUCACAAGUUAUGAACUAAUUUCAUCAUUCAUAAGCAUUUCAAGGCCCUGAAAGCACUUUUUAUUUUCUAGUUACAGACUUAUUUUGCAGAUAUUCCCCUUCCUAUGUACUUGCUAUGAGCAGCUACAUGCUAUCAGAAGUUUU